GUAAAAUGUCUGAACAAAUGAAAUUUAUAAUUAAAGAAAUAAAUGCGACGCUUAUAAGGAAUUACGAUCUAAUAAAAUUUGAUGCGCUGAACGAGAAGCAAUUACUUCAGGUGCUGGUGGAUUUGCUUGUCACUUUUAAUGCUGGGGACAAAUUGAACGUCGAGGAAGAUGAUCCAGAAACCGUCAGCGUUUGUCUACUGGAAAUGUUGGGGAACGUGAAAUAUCGUCCCCCGCCGGGCGUCGAACCCGCGACCUUCCGGGCCCAGCUACUCGCCGGCGACGCCAGGACCAUCCAUCACAUUAUACACUGGCUGCUGUCGAACAGGGACCAAGUUAAAAACACGGCAUAUCUCGCCAAAUACUUAAAACUCCCGGACAUUCCCGAGGACGUGGUCCGGAACAGCAUCAUCCAGGAGCUGCUGGAGCAGUACCAGGGCCUCAUAACAGAGUUCAAGGACGUCCACAAGAGGACCAGGCUGCUGGAAAAGGAAAACUCCUCGGAGAUCAUCAACGAUAUCAAGGAGAUGGCGGUUGAGAGGGAUAUUGUAAUCAAAAGGCUGGAGAACGUCCAAGUGCACCUGGUGGAUGUGAGGAACAAGGAGGAACUGCUGGAGGUGAGCAAGCGCCUGCGCCUGCAACAGCAGCGGGCCAAGGAGCUGGAGCACCAGUACGACGUGCAGCAAUCCCAAUUGAACAUGUUAGCGGAGCAGCUGAGGCGGUACCUGAGCGUCGCUCACGGCGCCGCCCCCAAAACCUCCGGCGACGUGAUCAAACAUUUACAAGACGAAAUACAGCUCAACACGUAUUUGAUGAAAGAAAAGCUGCCGCAAGAGUUGGAAGGGCUGCAGAAAGAGUUGAACAUAAUGCAGGCGAUUGCCACCGAACAGCAUCCCUCUCGCUCUGACAUCACUCUUAUACAGGAUAAGAUUGCAGCGGUGAACAGCGAAAUAGAGCAGUUGGUGCAAAGGAGACUGGCGGCUACCAACCCUGCUGAAGACAAGCUCGCGCCGUUCCGUCAGCAGGCGGCGGUGAUCAAACGGAAUAAAGAGGCCAGCGCCGCCAGGGUUGAUGAGCUGGCCGCAUCGCUGCAGAGCCACGAGGCAGCGUUAGCUGAUCUACAGUCCCAGGUAAAGCAGCUACUCGGCGACAUGGUCCUUAGAGGUGAGGAGUUGAAGAAGUAUGUCAAUUCCCUUCGCGCUAAAAGCACUCUCUACAAGAGACAACGAGCAAACCUUUCAACUUUUAAGAGCGAAGCCGGUGUCCUGACUAGGACUCUGCAGAUACUGACCGCGGCAGAUCCCACCGUCGAGAUGGCCCUACUCAAUCACAAGAAGAUGAGAAUUGACGACGUCGUAGAGAAGGAUAAAUCGUCGGAUCUGACGAAGACCUCCCUGCAUGAUUUAUCCCAGAUGGUGGCGCAGACGGCUCAGAAACUAUCCCAAGUGAGGCAGGAGCUGCAACCUCUGGCGGAUCGGAUAAAACCGGUGAAAAUAGAGUUCCAAGAGACGCAACAGCUGUAUGAGCAGAAGAAACGGGUUUAUGAGGCCAACUCCAUCAACAUCUCAUCACAGAUGGAACCGCUGAAAAAGGAAGUAAAGGAGCUAACGGAGGAACUGAACAGCCUGGAGGAAGAAUGGAAGCAACUGAGGCAGAAGAUCGCCAAAGCAGAAAGUCUGCAAGAGGUAGUGAUGGCCGAAAUGAAGAAUUCCAUGCAGUCGCCCCGGAAACCGUCUAGGAUAGAAGAGUUGAAGAAGCAGGUCGCUGAUGCAGAGGAAGAAGUCAAAAGUUUGGAAGAGCAACAACGCGCAAUAAGCUCCCAACAAGGCGCCGUGGAGGAGCAAACUCGGUUGUGGCAGAAUGUGGUCAAACUGCUGGAGUGCAAGAUGCAGGCGAAGCAGCAGCCAGCCAGGCAGGGCCAGGUGCACAUCACGCAGCACUCGCAGAUGUUGACCUUGACGUAGGUGAAUGUAGACGUUAUUGCUUAAAGAAUAAGGGUUUUAGAACGUAAGUUAUAUUCUAACAUUCUUUCGAGGGAAUUACACCUCGGGGGAGUUUUGCAGGGCUAUGUUGAACUUCUUGCGUUGUAAAGGGUUCACCAAACUAAAACCCGCCGAUGUCGCUUUUGGUACUACCACAGGCCUGCCUACCUAGCAUACGCC